CGAUGGCGUCGGCACUGCUGGUGACACUGGCGGCCUUGGUGGCCGUGCUGGGCGGGGGGGUGGAGGCCCAGUGCCCGGCCCCCGCCGACCUGCGCACCGCCAACGGCACCCGCCUGUGCGCCGUCCUCUACACCGACGACAGCGCCUACUACGACCAGUGCUGCGCCGGCGACGCGCUGGAGGUGGAGCCGGGCAGCGACGUGCCCUACAUGCCCUGGAAGUGGUCCGGCACCACCUCCUCGCUCGUGGUGGGCACCCGCUGCGAGCUCAACGUGUGGUCGCGCAGGGGCAAGAAGGGCAACACGAAGCGCUUCAGCGCCGGCGCGGUGCCGCGGCUGCAGGAGGUGCGCCGGGGCUUCUUCGGAGACUGGGACAACGCCAUCCGCGCGUACUACUGCACCUGCAAGUGAGGGCGCGGCCCUCGGGCAGGGGGGCGAGUCAAGGGAGGUCAACACGAGUCAACAGGGGCCAACGUGAGUCAA